AGAAAACAGAGACUUCGCAAACUGAUUUCUCCGCAUCACCCAUAUUCAAAAAAAAAAAAAAAUGGAUAACGAAAUCACGAAGAAAAUCACGGCUAUGUUUGAUCACCGGCGGUUAAACCGCUCUGGAUCAUCAUUGUUCACAGCGUUUGCUGCCUCAGUUAUAGCUCUGAUCGUUUUCACGAUCGUUAUCGUCUCUAAUUUAUCGGUGAGAGAUUUCUCAGAGGUGGUGACAAUAGAGAUCAAGACAGUUGUUCCUUACUUACCUCUGAGAUCAGAGAAGGAGCUAAGCCAAGGCAACAACAACAACAACAAGUAUUCGAUCAAGCAGCGUGUCACAGUCAACGAGGAUAACAAUCUUCAGGUCCUCGAGAUUUUUGGAGGCAAAGGCGUGUCGGAAAAGUUUCAACUGAGAACAACAGAGUUUUUGAGAGAUGAUUGUGAGGUCAACUUCAUGAUGACGUGGAUCUCCCCUGCGGAAUUGUUCGGCAAGAGAGAGAUUUUAUCCGUCGAAAGCGUCUUUAAAUCUCAUCCUCGAGGUUGUUUGAUCAUUUUAUCAUCGACAAUGGAUUCUCCUCAAGGGUUUAGAACCUUGAGACCGUUUCUUGAUCGAGGUUACAGAGUUAUGGCGGUGACACCGGAUUUGCCUUUUCUGCUCAAGGACACGGCUGGAGAAUCGUGGCUUGAGGAGGUUCAGACAGGGAAAAGAGAUCCCGGGAAGAUCUCGUUAGCACAGAAUCUGUCAAAUCUCAUGAGACUCGCGUAUCUGUUCAAAUACGGAGGUGUUUAUCUGGACACAGACAUGAUUGUUCUGAAGAGUUUUAAAAGUCUGAGGAACGUGAUCGGUGCGCAGACUCUCGAACCGGUUUCGAGAAACUGGACGAGAUUGAACAAUGCGGUUUUGAUCUUCGACAAAAAUCAUCCUCUCUUGCGAAAAUGCAUUGAAGAGUUCGCGUUGACUUUCAACGGAAACGUUUGGGGUCAUAACGGACCGUACCUCGUAUCUCGAGUGGCUCGAGCUGUUGAAGGAACUGAUGGCUAUAACUUCACCAUCAUGACACCUCCUGCGUUUUAUUCUGUGAAUUGGGUUGAGAUUGAGAAGCUCUUCAAGGUUCCAAGAACAGAGAAGGACUCGAAGAGAGUCCAAGUCAAGGUUCUUGAAAUGCAGAGGAGAAGCUACGGGUUGCAUUUGUGGAAUAAGUUUAGUAGCAAAUUCAAAAUUGAGCAAGGAAGUGCCAUGGAUAAAAUUGUUUCAGAUCAUUGUGUCAUCUGUGAGAAAUCCUCUGUAUCAUAAUACUCUUUCACUUUGUAAGUUAAUUACAUUGUAGAAUAGCAUGUAAACUGUAAUUAAAAAUCAAUUCCUCAAUUUUUUUCUCCAACUGAAACACGUCGAAUCAAGAAAAAUCGACGAAAUUAAAAUUAAUCCA